AUGGCCGAUAUCUCGUUGCAACGGCGGGCGCCGACUAAGCCGAUCCCCAAAAUAUCUUGGCUCAUGUUUCUAGAGAUGUAUGGAGCAAGGAUGCAUUACGAGGAGAUCCUCGAGCAGGCGAACAUAUGUAUCCGGUCUCAAUUGGUCUACUCAUCGACCAGUUCCAGAAUCGAAGGGCAGUCCACUCAGCAAGAACCCGGGUUUUCUGCUGAGCGCAAUAUAAACAACGCACCUGGGUUUCCUUAUCCUAGAGCCUUUCUAGAUGCCCUCCGAGGAUAUAAUUUGCCAUAUCCCGAACAUGUACAACAGAAUAUUAUCCAGGUACCGGUUGGUGCACGCAUGCCCGAUAAUCACGAUAUCAGAGGGCCCUUGGUCAGUACAACUGACGAAUUAGGAGCAGGCCUCUCCACUAACUGUUUUGGCAUGACAUUUAAUUCAACCGUCGUGUCAGAGUAUCACCUGCAACCGAUCUAUCUAGUGAUAGGGAUAUUUCCUAGGGGCCAUGUCAAUCCGCAAGAGAAAGUGGUGUACGUGCAAGAUCCGAAGGAAUUCCUCUCGCAGCUUCGUUGGGGUUGUGAUUUAGAAAAAGGAACCCACGAAUCCGUAGACCUGGAUAGAGACGGGGUUGCGGAUUUAGUACUACUCCUUGACGCGUAUACGCAUUGGAACAACUCCGACAUCACCGCACUUAUCUGGGCAGAUUGGAUCCAUCAAGUGCUCAAUAAUAGUUCCCACGAUAUACGUAAAGGCUCGUACUCACUCGAGCUUGUUCUGGGCUGGUCAGCGAAGAGAAUCUCAAUUGUCGUCAUGUUACCAGUGCUGUUGAGCUUAGCCGUCGGUAUCUGGCUGAACUCAUCGAAUUGGUAUGACUUGGAUACUGUACAGACCGCUUGGGGAACUGCGUCAUAUAUUGCGACGGCAGGAGGCCUAACCGCCGCUCUGUUGGGUAUUCUAAGCAGUAUUGCAGAUAGAUAGUUGUCUUUAAAGAAAAUUCCAUCUUGGCUCCAGCAACGAUUUCCAGUUUAACCGGGAAAAGGGAAUCAUCGAGGCCAGGUUAGGUACCUAGGUAGCCAGUCAAAAUUGUUAACAUGGAGGGAAGAUUUAUUCUGUUAUAUAUUAGUGGUGUUUAAUUGUUCUCCACUACUAUUUUGGACGUAGUUCAAUAGGCGUUUCGUGAUGACAGGAUAUCGGAUAUUUUUCUUCUAUGCUAGCAUCCUUUACUGUCAUUCGAAUCAAUCAUCCUUAUUAUCAGGUUAUGCCCGUGAUGGAUGUCGUAUACAGAGUGAGUGUCAGGGAUGGUAUGAAGUCUAUUAUAGAGAUCUAGUAACGUCUAGCCUUCUCACCUCCCUUGAGGGAGCCGGCUACCCUAUAUCCCUGACACUUGUAUGGUAGUUAGUAUAAAAGCGUAAACCCGUCUAUUUCCAUAUGUUUAACUCCUGUAGCCCUUUAACUCCGACCAUUACUCAUACAGUUACACCCCUAGAAUGGCUCAAUUGUAUCCUAUUAUUCCCUCCGCGAUGGGGUCUACAGCGCCUUGCAACCAUAGAGUAACCCUUCUGCCGAUAAUUCCAUC